AUGUGUUGGCUUGCUUCAUUGUUCAACUUGUGGAAUUAUCGACCAUUUGUCUUAUUGGCAGUUCAACGAAGUGUUGAUGCUUUAGGAUAUGCCACUGAUUUUCAAAAAGAUGGAGAAAUUGUCAAGUUUGCAGUUGAGCACUGUGGUUAUGCACUCCAGUUUGCUUCAGAAGAGAUAACAAAAGAUAGAGAAAUUGUCUUGGCAGCAGUUAAAUCAAAAGGUUGUUCACUGGAAUUUGCUUCUGAAGAAUUGAAAAGUGACAGAGAAAUUGUUAUGGAAGCUGUUAAGCAAAAUGGUUGGGCACUUGAAAAUGCUUCUGAAGAAAGUAGGAAUGAUAGGAAAAUUGUAAUGUUGGCUGUGGAGCAAUAUGGUAAAGUACUCGAGUUUGCAUCUGAUGAAUUGAAGAAUGAUAGAGAAAUAGUCAUGACAGCUGUCAAGAGAGAUUACCAAGCUCGAAUGUAUGCUUCUGAGGAAUUGGCUGUUGAUAGAGAGGUUGUUCUUACAGCUGUUAAGCAAUCUGGUUGUUAUUUUAAGUUAGCAUUUGCACAAUGA